CCUCAAGUUUGAAUUAUGGCGGACACGAAGGAGAGUUUCGCUCCCUCAACAAAAGCUUGUAGUUCAAGUGGUGGGUCUUUUUAUCGUGAAAAUUUAAAAUUUGAAGAGAUAAAGGAUCACUUAAAUAUCCUUUACAAUUUCUUUUAGAUCUUAUGCGAGAAAAGCUAGAAAAAUGGCGUCGAAUGAAAGGAAGGUCUUCCUUUUUUAGUGCCAAGACUGUCCACAAUCGUUCCAGAUCAGCUGUUUCGUUCGACAUAAACAAGGACGCUAACAGUCUCCAGAAAAGGUUUUUAUUCAAUAUCUUGGAAUAUAAUUACAUUAAUUAGUUUUGAUGGAAACUUAGGCUUGGUUGCAAUUGUGGUGUAAGUAGUAUUUAAUCACUGCAGAUCAAGAAUGACCAGCGUACGUCACUGGUCAUGAAUCAAAGCUCUAUAAAAGCUUUCAGGCGCUAGCUGUUAACUCAGAGGCAAUACUGCACGCUCCAUUUUCGGUCGCAUUGCAAGCGAUGUGUGCGAUUAAGAAUGGUCUGCAAGCAUGAUAUUUCUUCACGGAAUUCUGUAAUACUCGGCCCAGUGUAUUCGAUGAUCAAAAAUUACAUGCUAUACCGUUAUAUGCCAUGCCACGCGAUGCUCUAAGAGUACUUAGUAAUUGUUGAUGUUGGUUAACCUUAUGGCAUGUAUCCGUGGAGGAAAGAUGUAUGUUUGAUCUGUCCCUCUAUUUAGCUUGAGGUAAGGGCAGGAUUAACCUUAAACUUUACUUUCCGGCACAUUCUGAUGUCAAUGGUUUUCCGUUUUUUUUUUUAUUAUCUGCCACCUCUAGAGAAAUGAAAGAGUCAAGGAUACUUCAAAAACAGCCAGAAAGUGUACGUUAAGAGUCAUUUUAAAAUUAAAUUUCAAUUGAUAACGAAUAUUGGUAAGAGAUCUUUGUGCUUUAUUAAUGGGAGGUCCUUACCGUUGAUUUGUUUAUACGAAGACUAGUAAAAUCUCACUACAGGCUACAGAAAGAUACAAGAGAAUCUCUGACCAUGAAUGUAAGUUAACUGGUGAACAGAGACGAAGAAAGGCUUUGAAUAUUGUUCAAAGGAAAGCACUCCUUGAUAAUACUAGGACCCUGAAGACAGCCACUUCAAAAGAGACACCUGAAAAGCUUAAAACAUAUAAGGACAAGACUCUCAGUAUGAGGUAUACGAUGUGAAAGUUAGACGAUUUACACAUAUGCACAAUGUAGCACACUUUUGCCAAGUAGAAUUGUGGCUUUUAAUAUCGAUUGAGAAUUUGUUAUGGUAAGCUAUCAUAUAAAAAUGAAUGAAAAGGUAUAAUAUUUUUUUUUUAAGAGAAAGGCUUGAGCUCUGGAGAACUGAAAAGGGGUAAAUAUGUUUCUGUUAUCAUUUCUUUUUGCCUUUGGCAGUGACCACCAAAAUAUUCUGUUUUUGUACCUAAUACUCAUAAAAUUUUUAAUGAGACUUUAAUUCCAGUUGUUCUCCAAUACAAAGGCAGCACAACCCAGACAAAGCUGCAGUGAAAUCUAAAUCAUGUGGGAAAAGACUCAGUAGGAUGUCAGCUUGUAUGAAAGAAAAUCUGUAUAACUACUACAGACUGUAAGUUAUACUCAGGACAUGCUCAUUAAUUUUUUCUAAGUUUCAGGAGUGAAAAAACAUGCAUUUUCUUUGUACCAUAUAAUCACAUUUUUAAGGAGGUGAUGUGAAUUAAUAAUGGUAUUGACUGGAAAUUGAAAUUCUUUUACCUGUUUACAAAGAAACAUGUGGCAGUUAACUUGGUGGGAUAUUUAUUAAAAUAAAUUCCAUUAAGAUUUUAUUUCAUUAAUAAAUAUUGUUUAAUUUCACGAAAGGAAUAUACAGACCUACAGUGUAUUUUGUUUGUGUUAAUUUACAAAUUACACAGUUUGGUGAUUAGUUUAUUUUUUGCCAAUUUUUGGAAUAAAAAUUUGAGUAGCAGGUAAUUAAAAAAUAUGAAACUUUUAAUGAAACAUAUUUAUUCUGCUCAUUUUUCAGGGAGCACACUAAAGAAGUAGUAACUCCUGCCUCCACAAAGCUACCAUUUAAGCCUAGGGUAAAAUCAACCUCGGUCCUUCAAUCUCAUCACCAACCUUCCAUAGUACAAUCAAACGGUGCACAGAAAUCAAAGCUAAUCCAAUGUGAAUUAACACCACAGUCUAUUUUGCCCAGUAAUCCUGAAGUAAAGUCAUACAAAAACAAGGCUCUUGAUAUAAGGUAUGAGUACACCCAUCCACCCUUGAGAACCCACAAGAGACUAGGGACUGCUCUUAAUUAUACAAGACAAUAACUUAAUGGUCAUGUGUACAUACAUAAAGCAAUAAUUUUGAAAGCUGAAAAAUGUGACAUGUUGUCCACAGUGUUCCAAAGACUUCUGCCCUUAAUAUAAACAGAGAAAUAAACUGGUCACACAUUCAUACACCAUAACUGGGUUACCUGCAUCAAAACCAUUUGACUCUCAAAUGUUUGAUCAGUGCUGUAAGUCACAUAUCAUUAAUGCUCUAUUAUUUGAAAAUUAAGAGAUUCUUUUUGUCUCAUUUAUCUAUAAGGGAACGAUUGGACCUUUGGCUUGCUGAAAAAGGGUGAGUGUUGAGCUAGCAUAACUAUAUAGUUCCCAAGCUUUUACAGUCUACUUCUGCUGAGUGUUCAGUAAAGACAUAAUAAGAAUCCCACUUAUAAAACUGACAUAAAUCCCUGCAGUGUGGGGAAAUACACCCAACCCACUUGUAUGUUUCUUUGUUCAUGUUCAAUUUAAAUCAAUUUAAAAUUCUAUUUAAAAAGAUAAAUGUUACAUAGGUGCCAUAAUGAUUUUAUUAGUGCCCUCAUUCCAAUAAGUGCCCCCUCUUUGAUAAUGACCCCCCUUCCCCCCUAAAAUUUGGUUUUUAUUAAUAAGCACCCAUAUUAAGUAAGUAUUCCUAUUCCUAAAAGCACCCAUAUACCAAUAAGCACACCUAUGCUGUUUUGGUAAUGGCACCACAUUGAGAUCAACCAUGUGUCAUAGUCAUUGCUGACUUAAAGUCUCAUUAGGGAAACAGUAAUCUAUGUCUCCUUUGUUCUACUGUUGUGUCCAUCUGAGUGCACACUUCCUUCAAACAAGUGAUCUUAACCUUUUUUGAGGAUUACUUCUUGGCUGAUCAUUUUAACCAAGAAGGAUCUAGGGACAACAAGUCCAUUUUCCAGUCUUCUUGAUCUUUUUUUAGAUAAAAGUCAAAGUUUUGUUCCUCACAUUUUUCUGUUUCUUAAGAAAGAAAUAAGUUCCCUAUCUCCAAUAAGCGCCUUGGUUCAAAUAAGUGCCCUCCCAUGAUAUACAAAAGGGAAAAAAGCUCCCUGGGUGCUAAAUCAUAUAAUUACGGUAAGCUGGUUUACCUAUGUCUUGUGGUGGGUUUGUUAUAAAAUCUCUCCAAUGAAACUCUUGCAUGUCAUUUGUGCUGAUAAUAGUUUUCUAAUCUAGAUUGAAUUAUUCAGCUUAAGUUGGCUGAAAGUAGGUUAUUUAAAUGAAAUUAUAGACUUAGUUCACAUAGUUCCUCAAUUGUUAGUUUUUUCUGUCACAGAAAAACACCAAAGUACAGGACACCAGCUGUGCCGCAACAUUCCAAAAGUGUUCAAAGGAGAAAUUUGACGGAAAAAAAGAGACUUUCCUUUAAUGGGAGAGAGGAAACUGUUUGUGUAAUGGACAAAAUUGGAUGUGCCAUUUCACUUGAUGAAGGGGAAAAUGUUGAAGAAAAACUGAAAGAAUGUUUGCAACAGUUAGAAUUGGUAAGCUAGGGAUCAAUGUGCUGUGACUUAAAGCCCGAUAACUGAGGCAAAUAUGCAUGGCAAAAAAGGGACUCUGAUUUCCCUCACUUUUCAUACAACCUUUAAAUCAAAGCCAAAGAAAAAGUGUAAAAUGUAAAACUCUCUUGUUCAAAAUUAAUUGGUUCCACUCUUUUUCCAUUUGCAAAGUGUUCAAUCUUUCUAUCAGUUACAAAAGACUAAUUGCUAAAUAACAGAAAACCUAUCAAGAACUAGUCAGAAUGAAAAUUCUUAUUAAAAGUGGCUCAAAAGACCUCUUAACUCUCCUCAGUUAUUGAGAAGUACUAGAUAAUUUCCAAGUUUGUAUUUUUUCAGAAUGAAUAUAAUGCAGAUGAUGUAAGGUCCAAGCUCGAUUUGUACAAAUCCACAUAUCCACACAUCUGUCACAUGGCAAACUACUGGUUGUGCCGGGCAAAGAUUGCUCAACAUCAGAAAGACUUCAAUAGAGUGGUGUGCUUACUGGAGCAAGCUUUUGUCUUCAAGGCACAGGUUAUAGGCUGAGAUUGAAACAAGCUCCAUCUUCAUUUUUUCAGAUUAUUUUUCAGAUUAUUUUUAUGAAGUUCGGUAAAGUUGGUUUGCUUUUGUUUCACUUCCUUGUCAUCUGCCUUUAUUACAUUUUUCUUCAAGGGAGGUACUAUUUACCAGGGUAAUUGUUACUUAUUAUGGUCUUUUAACUUCUUUCUUCUUAGCCAGAUUCAGUCCUGAAGGAUGCAGUGUGCACUUUUGUGAAUUUCAUAAAGGAAAAUGAACCAAAAGGUAUGCUUUCUAUGUUAAGGACACUUGGUCUUGUCAAAAUGAAAAAUGAUUUUUAUCAAAACCAUUUAUAUCAUUUGUUAUUUUUUAGAUGCAGACAUACAUUUUGUAGAUAAGAUCUGCUUGUCAUUACCAGAUGAAUCUCCUCCAAGUGAAACUAAGAUUGAUAUGAAUGACAUUUCAUCAGAGGAGCUGAACUCUUCCAUUAUAAAGUUCUGCCUAAUGGAGGUCACACCCCACAGAAAAAAGUGAGAAAUUGAAGGCAUAAUUAACUUAAUUAACACUUUCAGCAGUUACUUAAUCUUAAGAAUGUCUUUCAGAUAUGAACACAAUGCUAACCAGUUCAAGCAAUGUCCCCACCUCCUCAUUGUUCCAUGUUAAGACAUUGAGAUAAUGGUUUACAUAAUUAGAUGUACAAUAAUCUCAUGAAGGCCAUGAAAUUUGUGCUUUUCAGGUUUAAGACAACAUUUGGUAAACGGAUAUUAACACCAGUGCGUAGGUCUGUGCGGUUAGAGCGGGCUAGUAUCCAGUAUUCUUCAGUUGUCCAGGAACAUGGUUUGACUGUGAGGACAUUGGAAGAGCUUCCUGAAGACAUUCAACAGGAUUUGUUGUUCAAACCCAACUUUGCUGUUCAAGCUGAGCUCAACGAGGUCUGGAAUAAGCUUCAGCUGGACUCAGACUGGUAAAUGCCACAAAACUUCCAUCACAGCCUCACAUUAAAGAAAGAAAGUAUAAUUUAUUUACAUUACUUUUUCAUCAGCUCUAGAUGGCUUCUUGAUUUUUAUUUUUACCUAGUUGUAAAUAACUUAAAAUCUCAAAGAAACUAAUAGGUUUGGAGUGCUAAAGAAGUGACUUUGUAUAAGAUACCUUUACGAACCUGACCAAAUCUGAGCACAUAAGCCUUGUAGAGAGGGAAUGCUUGUAAUAUGGUAAAUGUAAAUGUAGAUGUAAGACUUGACAAGUUUUAGUACAUGUAUAACAUUAAAGUUCUACCUGGUCUCAGUAAGUUUACAAAAUUUCAUGGAAUAACACAGACUUUUUAGUACUUAAAGAACAUUGAAGCAAUUUGUAUUACAAGAGUUAUGCAUCCAAAGAUAAUUUAGUCUUCAAGUAAGAGUAUUGUGGAUGAUAGAAUGAAAGAGAUGUUGUUUGAAUACCUGGAUAUAUCCUGGGUUGGUUUAGACAGAUGUGGUCUCAUCAAACUAAACAAUCACUUUAUUAAAGUAACAAUUUCCGUUAACUUUCAGAGAUGUUUUGCCUCUGGACUAGAUUUAAAACUGAAG